UGGGCUCCCCUUCAAGUGCCCUCACUGUUACCACUUUCUGGAGACGUUUCCCUCCGCACUUCCUUAAACAAUUUUCGUUUUUAUUACGACUGUUGUUAUUCUGCUUGGGAAGGCGAGAAUCGAAAAGAUGAUAUGUGGUUCCUUCUCCUGGAGGCUGGCACCAGAACUGAGGACCCUCGCUGCUGUUGGUCGGGCAUCUUCUUAGAAGAGAAGCUGGAACUCUGUAUUGUGUAAACGAGCUGAUGGACGAAGAUGAGAAGGACAGGGCAAAGAGGGCAUCGCGCAACAAGUCAGAAAAGAAAAGAAGAGACCAAUUCAACGUCCUUAUUAAGGAACUAUGUACCAUGCUGCAAGGCCAUGGGCAUCCACUCAAGAUGGACAAAUCCACAAUACUGCAGAGGACCAUUGACUUCUUACAGAAACAGAAAGAAAUCACAGCACAGACUGAGGCCUGUGAGAUUAGGCAAGACUGGAAACCUUCAUUUCUUAGCAACGAGGAGUUCACUCAGUUGAUGUUAGAGGCAUUAGAUGGUUUUCUCAUUGCACUUACCACUGAUGGGAUUAUUAUUUAUGUAUCUGAUAGUGUCUCUUCUCUUCUUGGGCAUUUACCGUCAGAUUUGGUGGACCAAAAUAUAUUAAACUUUCUGCCUGAGCGUGAACAGAGUGAUGUGUACAAGCUGCUUUCUCCACACAUGCUCAUGACAAACGCUGUGGCAACAGAUUUCCUGAAUGCUGAAAAACAGAUAGAAUUUUGUUGUCAUUUAGCCCGAGGAAAUUUAGAUCCAAAUGAACCCAUUACAUAUGAAUAUGUGAAAUUUGUGGUGGAAUUUAAAUAUUUUACUAAUGUGCCUACAUCUUCUUACAAUGGCUUUGAGUCUGCCAUCGCUCGAGCGUUCCGAUCAGCCAACGAAGAGCAGACCUGCCUAGUAGCAACAGUUCGUCUCGUCACUCCACAGUUCUUGAAGGAACUUUGCAAUGUGGAAGAACCGUGUGAAGAAUUCACAUCAAGGCACAGCCUGGAAUGGAAAUUUUUGUUUUUAGACCACAGGGCCCCACCUAUUAUAGGUUAUUUACCCUUUGAGGUGCUUGGGACUUCAGGUUAUGACUAUUACCAUGCAGAUGACCUGGAACUUCUUGCUCGGUGCCACGAACAAUUGAUGCAGUUUGGAAAAGGCAAGUCCUGCUACUACAGGUUCUUAACCAAAGGCCAGCAAUGGAUAUGGUUGCAAACACAGUACUACGUCACUUAUCAUCAAUGGAACUCCAAGCCUGAGUUUAUCGUGUGCACCCACACGGUUGUUAGUUAUGCUGAGGUUCGAGCUGAAAGAAGAAGAGAUCUUGGGCUUGAAGAGUCAUCCAUUGAACUAGCAUCUUCGUCUUUGAAGAGUCACGGUAGCUACAUUGAUAUCCGGCAAUGUUUAACCAACCAAGAAGCCAGCCGGGAAAGGGUGUCGGUGUCAUCUCAUAGCUCUCGGAGAUCCUCCCACACGGCGCUCUCGGACUCUGCAUCCACGUCAUCUGUACGGCACACGGAUGCCAGCACCCCUACUAGGCAGUCGUUACCGAUGGGCCAGUCGGACAAAGCACCUCUAAGACUUGCCUCAAGUAGCAGCACACAGGGUAUUAUAACUCCUCAGACGCCCACUGAACAUCUCACACAGCACCAUAUGGCACAGACGACUGUCCCAGCCCAGCAAGCGGUCAUGCCAGUGUAUCACUUCCCAACUCAGAUAGGGAUGAUGCAUCAUUUGAAGGAACAGCUUGAGGAGAGAACGCGCAUAUUGCAGGCCGACAUCAAGACACAACAAGAUGAACUGCAUGUGAUCAAAGAGCAGCUGCAGCUGGUGCAGGACUCCAAUUUGCAGAUGCUGAUGCAACAACCUAUGCCCAUGGUCUUCAGCGGUGUGCAACACCAGAACCCGAUGAGGCCUUCCCAGCAACAAGCAGCAACAGUUGCGAGCAGACCAGCCACGUCAAAGAAAUCCCAGCAGCAAGGCCUUAUGGGAUCAAAGCAGUUCUGCAGCACACACCUGGCAUCGCCUCAGCAGUUCCUCAGGGACCCUUGUGUCACAUCAUCCCAGGUACAGCAGCAGCAGCAGCAAAAACAGGCCAUGAGAGGAAAGCAGGUCCAACAGGCCUGCUUGCCAAUGCAGAUGAGCAUUGCGAUGCCGCUGUACAACAACCCAAUGGUGUUCUCUCAAGCGCACCCUAUCACCACUGAAAUUGGUGAGAGACAACAGCAGUCCGAUUACAACCAAGAUCGGACUCCAAGAUUUGCUCCGGAGCAGCAAGGGCUGCCUGCUGCAAUACAGAUGCAGCCAAUCACAUGCGCCGCCACUCCGUCACCCGUCUUCACCUCCUCUGUGAUGAUUCCACGCGCCAACAUUGCCGCGCAGCAGAGCCACCCUCCUCCCAGCACCCUCCACCAGUGGCAACCGCAGCCAGUUCAACAGCAUCACCUCUACCUUCAGAUGCAAGGUGCAGCUGAGCCGGGCCAGAACCAGCGCCUGUUCCAGCAACCUCAUGUACCGCAGCAGAAUGCCACCAUGGGAUAUUUCCACCACCCGCAGCCGCAGAGCCAGCACCUGCAAGGCCAGCAUUGCAGUUUACAAGACCUGCCUGAAAUGCAGCUACCUUGAGGCCUUGGUGGUGGCAAUCUUGGGGGUAGUGGCUGUGCUGAGCAGAAGUGAGUGGAUGGAGGGGCAAAGCACAGAGGAGAUGAAGGUCCUUCCUCCCUGGUAUGCCUGGAAGGUGAGGAACAUGCCAGAGCCAAGGAAGGCCUUGGCUAGAGUGGAGAGCAGGUUGGGAGUUUCUUGCACUUACUUGGAAGGAAAACAAACAAAGGAACCACCCGGGAGCGACACUAUCCCAGCAAAGUGGGAUCAAAAGCCAAGCCUGGCAUUUCUUAACCGCUUAAACUGUGUGCAGCUAGAACAUCUCGUCUGUACAUCCUGUGGCUAGAGAUGGGGAUGAGUGGAGCCUGGGGGCAAGGCUGAUUUAUUUUUGGAUGCUUCUGUCUGCCAGGAAAGGUCCACUGGCAGAUAGGGUUCCUUGCUCACCUGCAAUAAUUAAAACAAUAACGAACUUAACUUGCCCGAGUGAGGGGGAAAUAAUUAUUUUUCAGGAGAGCAGCCCACCUUGGUGUGCUGCAAAGCCAUAUAUAUGAAUAUUAGUUAUAUUUAUAAAUAUGGUAGAUGGAAUUCUAGCCUGCAGGUCUUUUGUUUUUUUUAAAAAAAAUAUUAGUAAAGUUUACACGCUGAUGCGUUAUGCUGCAGAAAACCACACACCUGUGCAGGAGGCAGCCAAGUCUUGUUUUUUUCCUUUUUCUAAAACAAUCGUUGCUGAAAUUCACUGUGAAUCACUGUGAACACAGAUGGAACUGUAAGCAUCAACCCACGACCAUAGAACUUUUUUUCUUUUGUGGGUGUAUUUGUGUAUAUACAGAUUUCAUUUUUGUGUAGUAGUUCAUGUGUGGAUUACUGGACAUAUUCCCCAGCACUCUGUCCCAUUACCCAACCAUUUCCCUAUAUGUGAAUCCCAUAGUUUCUUUGGAUAAUUGGGUAAUGCUGCUGCUGUUUAUCACACCACUCUUGCCUGAAUUUCUUCUUUUUGAACCAGCCCCUUUCACUGUUAAAGAGUUAUGAGAGUUAUGAUGUGUCUAAGAGUUUCUCCUAUUUUGUUGCAAAGUCCAGAUAUAUAAACCUACCUAUUUCUACUGCCCAUUUAGCCAAAUAUAU